AUGAACUCCAUCUCCGUCACCCCGGACCGAGCGUCAGGGGCGCUCAACACCCCCGACUCAGACCCUACACCAGCGUCACCCGGCCGUCGGCCCAAGAUCAAGUCGACCGCCUGCAACCGCUGCCAUGCCCGCAAGGUCAAGUGCUCCGGCGGCCGACCUUGCGAGAACUGUCGUCAGGCGAGCAAGGCCGUCGACU